GAUAGUCACGUGAUAGAAAAAUAAACAAAUCCACCCCUUUUUGCGACUAGAAAGAAACAAGCUCAGGAUAUGGCGUCCAAUAGCAUUGGUGGCUAUGAACAAAACUGGUUGAAGAAUCCUCCUAAACGCCUCAAGUGUCUCAUCUGCCUUUGUGUAGCCAGAGAGCCUCAACAACAUGGAGACAAAGGUUGUGGCAAAAUGUUCUGUGAGAGCUGCAUCUCUGAGCACCAGAAGGAGAGCACAAAUUGUCCACAUUGUCGAGGAAAGCUGACUCUCUUUGCAGAUGUUAACAGUGCCCAGCAAAUAAAAGACCUCAAAAUAAAAUGCGACAACCUACAAAAUGGCUGUGUAUGGACGGGGGAACUGGGAAAUCUGAUGACACACCUUCGGUCAUGUGACUACCCCCUCCUGCCGUGUAUUAACGAAUGCAUUAUCAAUAAUGAGAUUGCCACAUUCCUGCCGAAAGAUCUUGAAGAACAUCUCACCAACGACUGCCCAAGACGCCAAUACGAGUGUCCACAUUGCCAGGAGACGGGGGAAAAUCAGGAGAGCCACCACUCAUCUAGAGACCUGCCCAAAGAACUGAAACACAAGAGUGCCAAAGAUGUAUUUUACAGUCCUUCAUUCUACACUUCUUACACUGGCUACAAGAUGUGCUUGAGAGUUGAUGCUAAUGGCAAACAUGGUGACGAAGGCACUCAUGUUUCAGUAUAUGUCUAUCUCAUGAAGGGACCUAAUGAUGACUCCCUGUCCUGGCCGUUCACUGGGACAGUCACAGUCGAGCUACUCAACCAACUGGAGGACAAGAACCAUGACAAGAAGACGCUCACAUUCCCAGCCGACGGUGUGGCCAGUCAGAGAGUGGUGAAUGGUGAGAGAGGGACAGGAUACGGCUAUCCAAGUUUCAUCUCCCACGUUGACCUCGACUACAAUGUUAGCAAGAACACUCAGUACCUCAAAGACGACACUCUGGUAUUCAAGAUUGUAUCUGUACAAGUACCCGACUACAAGCCGUGGCUGGAGUGACAAAACUACGCACAAUUGCAAGCAGAUACUGCUUAGUACACAUUUGGUAAUUAAUGCAUUCUUUGUUACUAUG